AUGUCGGUUGUCUCGAAAAACCCUUUUGACCUCUUGGACGACGACGGUGAAUCCCCUUCUCCCGCUGUCAAGUCUACCACCAAGGCGCCCGCUACCGCGACCAAGACUACUCCCGCCGCCCCUGCCGCUCAAACUCAGCGAAACGUUCCUGGUUCCGCUCCUCGAGGUGGACAACGAGGCGGACGAUACCCUUCCCGAGGUGGACCACGAAACGUUUACAGAGAGGACAAUGGACCUCGAAACACUGGUCCUGACCCUGCUACUGGAACCACUGAAGGUCUAGAAGGUCCCGGCGGAUUCGACGGAGAGCGUGUGGCUCCCCCCAAGAAGGCCCACCACGGUCCUGACAGACACACCAAGGGACCUCGGGAAUUCCGAGAGAACCGACGAGAGGGAGACAGAUCCGGACGAGGCGGCCGAGGUGGAAACCGAGGAGCUAGGACUCCUGCUUCUGGAGGAGAAAGGAGACAAUUCGAGAGGAGGUCUGGUGGAUUGCCAGACAGCCAAAAGAAGGUCGACCAAGGCUGGGGCGGUAACGAUGGACCCAAGGAGCUUGACGCCGAAGAGGAAGGCGAGAAGGACGCUCAAGCCGAAGAGACCGCUCCUCAGACCCCUGCUGCAGAAGACGGUGGCUGGGGCGCUGGAGCCGAUGGCGAGGCCAGAACUGGCGCCGAUGCCGAGGAGGAGACUCCUGCUGAGCCGGAGGAGGUUCAAAAGAGCUACGACCAAUUCUUGGCCGAGCGAGCCGAGCAAGCUUUGAGCAGCGGAUUCGGCAAGAAGGAAAGCCGACAAGUCACUGGUGACAACCUUGAAGGCAAAGCCUUUGUCCGAGAGGGCAUUGACGACUUCUUCUCCGGUGGCAAGCAGGACAAAGCUGGAAGCAAGACCCGUGCUCCCAAGAAGGAAAAAGUUUACAUCGAAGUCGAUGGACAAUUCGCUGCUCCUCCUCGAUCUGGACGAGGUGGUGAGCGAGGAGGCCGAGGAGGUGCCGGACGAGGAGGAGAUCGUGGAUCUGGUCGAGGACGAGGUGCUCCCCGUGGUGCUCCUCGAGGUGGCCGAGGAGGAUUCGGUGGACCCAGAGCCACUCAGCUCGACGGAAAUGACGAGCGAGCUUUCCCCGCUCUCGGAGCGUAG